AUGAGUCUUAAUUUUUCAAAAAUUGUAUCUUUUCAGAGAAAUCCUGAUGAUUACCUGGCCAAGAAAUUUGUGAAAGAAGAAGAGGAGAGACAAUUUCGACACCACAGACGUUCAUUGGACAGCACUCCAGAUAGUCUGAGACGACGCAGCGCUAAUACUACACCAGAGUCAUAUAAACGAAGAAGUCACGUUGAUUAUGGCGCUGAAGCAACACAAGCUGCACGAGAAUACAGACAGAAACGAAGGUCAUUAAAUUUUGAUCCAUCAAAAGAAGGUUACUCACCAUCUUCUCCGAGCCGUAAAUACCAAGACAUCAAAUCUCAUUAUUCUCCAAGUGCGUUGAAAAACAGGUCCAAAUCAGAAGGUAAACUCAACAAAUCACCAGAAAGAUCACCCAAAAAAUCACCUGCACCUCUUCCUCCUUUGCACAGUCAUUCCAAAAAUUCACCUCCCAAUAAAAACUCAUCUCGAACUAGUCCAAAAUCUGGUAAGGAGAAAAUAAGGGCAGCCAAGUCAGAACCAAACCUCAGUAAUUCAAAACUUGAAGUUGCAGCAUCCUCAAGAAUCAGCAACGAACAGUCUGAGGCAAUUAGCCCAAACAUUUCUAGAGACGUAAGGGUGACUUCUGAUUCAAAAUCUUUAGUAGAAAUUAACGACAAAAGUGAACCAAACAACAAAGCUUCCUCCCCUGGUAAUUCUCCUACCAGACCUUCAGUCAAAAAAUCCAGAGCGCCUGCACCACCAUCUCCCGCAUCAAUUUCACCUCAACCCUUGAGUCCUACAUCUAACCUUCAGCAAUCCCUUCUUCCAAACCAAACCAAAAACACUUUCAAUCAGCAUUUUACUGAAGCUGUUAUUGAAAACAGAUCUGCUGCUGCUGCAUUUAAGAACGGUCCAUUGAGUACAUCCAGUCCAUUAUUAAGUCCUACCAGUACAAUAACUCCUCCAAUUAGUCCAUCUGAUGCUCCUGCACCUGUAGCGCCACCAAGAAGGAAAAAAGAACAACGAAAGAAUUCAGUAAAAUCUCCAUCUUCACCUAAUGCACCAUUGAACGGAGAACUGAAGUUACAAACAAAGAAAGAGGAACAUAAUAUUUCGCAAGAUUCUCUGGAAUUUAAUAAUGAAUCAACUGGUAAAAAAGAUAGUAGGUCAUUAGAAGAUCAACCAUUAAAAGCAGAAAGACCCAAUACUCUGUUUACAAACUCCAACUACAAUAAUCUUGAGCAGUUAUCUCCCUUGUUAAAAGAAAUCACCGAUACUUUAGAAAUGAAUGAAAACAAGCGAGAAACAUCUCCACAGAGACCCAUCAGACGUGACUCUAGUACCAAGAAAAAAGCAGCACCACAGCCACCUGGUGUCAAACAAGAAACCAGUUUCGAGGAGGAUACCAACUUAAGUUGGGAAAAUCCACCACAAACAAAUAAAAAUUACAAAUCAACAAAACCAGCAGUUGUUAUUGAAGAAUCAUCUAAAUCAUUUGAAAGCAACGGAAUCCAUGACCAAGAUGAUAACAAAAUGACAGUAGGACUUAAACCUAGAAAUACUUUCGAUAGGAUGUCAAUUUCCUCCUAUGAUUCUGUUGAUUCCAUUCCACCACCGCUACCGUCAUCAGCGCCACCUACAUUACUUGCCUCUGCUCCACCAGUGGAUGACGAACAGAUAUCACCUGAAGAAGUAAUCGAGGUUGAAUACACUGUUCCACAUCAGAUGUCUAUUCAGGAAAGCGAUGACGAAGAUCAUAAUAAACAGAAUCAUCUAAAUGCGAGCCGAUACGACGAAAUUGAAGGUAACCCUAAUGAUUUAGAUUCUACAGCUGAUUUCUUAUCAGACCACAAUCAUUUUAACAUCUCUCACAACAAACAUUCAUCAGCGUCUAGGAAUAAUAAUCAUCAUGAGCAAGAUUAUCAUAGUCAACCCCCUCCCCCUAAUAGGACAUUUUCUGACAAUGAGCAAGCAUGUAGAAACAUUUCUGAAAAACGAUCUGACUUUAUGGGCAUUAAAAGGAAAAAUAGAAAGUAUAGUGAUAGGGUCGUUGUUACAGAAGCAUCAUCGAAAAUUAAAAUCAGAAAUGGAUUUAAAGUUGAUGAGUCUGAUGAAUCAGAUACUUCUACUGAUGAUGAUGACCAGAACGGAUUUAGCGCCACUUUUUCACCAGCUUUGAUUUAA